UCAAACUAAUAAGCCCAAAUAAUAUCUAGCCGAUGGGAUAAGAAUAAUGGACCGUAUAACAGAUGCGAACUCCCCGCCGGUCUCUUUUUCCGGCGAGCUCCUCGGCGAUGUCUAUCUCCGGCUAAAUCGAGUCGGAAGUGAAGCUUGGAGAAAGCAUGGGUAGCUUCUUUGUUCCACCUCCACCUAUCUUUGACUUUGAAUAGCUUUGUUCAAAGUUUUUCUCUUAAAACUCUCUGUAAGUCUUUCUGGCCGUUGCCUAUGAACAGAUUGAGAAGGACUCAUGAUCGCGAUCCAGCUAUGCUGCCGUAGUUUAUCUAUUCACUCACAUCAUCUUCAUUCCCUACCUGCUGGUCCUUUUUCUUCUUUCCACUUCUCUCUUUCUUCUCUAUCUCAGGUAGUAACGAAAAAGUCUGCUCAAAAUGCAAACCAAGAAAAUCCUGUUCUCCUUAACUACCUAAUAAACACCUUGGAAUUUCCAAAAUGUAAAGCCCUGGCAGUAUCCAACCGUUAUCCUUGGGUCAAAAAUGUUGAAAAAGUUGAAUCGGUUGUCGAUUUCUUCAGGUCCAUUGGAUUCACAGAUGCACAAAUCCAAUCCGCUGUUCGUAAUGUCCCGCAAAUCCUCCUGGCUGAUGUUGAAAAAACACUCAAGCCAAAGAUCCAACUAUUACAAGAAUUGGGUAUCACUGGUUCUGAUCUGGGUAGGCUACUUUCCACAAAGGCGAUUAUAUUAACACGUAGUGUGGAGAAAAUACUAAAGCCUUGCAUUGAAGUUCUCGAUAAAGUCCUUAUAAACGGUACUGAUAAUGGUGAUUGGUUCCGGGUUCUGCGAAGGUGUGAUUGGGUUGUACACAAAUCCCCUCACUUGAGACUGAUUCCUAAUAUAUCAUAUCUGGAGAGCAUUGGGAUUGUUGGGUCUCAACUAUCAUCACUCUUGAAGAGGCAACCUCAUCUUUUUGCUUUGCCUGAAUCUGAGCUUAAAAAGCUUGUCUCUAAACUUAUAGAUAUCGGAUUUUCUACUGAUUCAAGAAUGUUGGUGCAUGGCCUUCAUACUCUAGGUUGUAUUAGUCAUGUGUCUUUUUCGAGGAAAUUGCUUUUGCUCCAGAGUUCUGGUUUCUCCCAAAAUGAGUUCAUGGAAAUGUUUAGGAGGGCGCCAAGUUUAUUCCGAAGUUCAGAGGAGAAAAUAAGACUUGGACUAGAGUUUUUCUUGGAAACAAUGGAUUUAAAGAAGUCAACUUUAGUACAGCAUCCUACUCUUUUGAUGUUUAGCAUGGAGGAUAGAGUGAUUCCCAGAUAUCGAGUUAUUCAGCUGAUAAAGUCAAAAAAUCUUACGAAGAAAGAGCCAAGUUUUUAUUAUGUGAUGUGUUUGUCGGAGCAUGUGUUCUUGGAAAAGUAUAUAUCGAGAUUUACUGAAAAUGCAGAAGGAUUAUUGAUGGCUUACAAGGGCCAUCUUCUAGAUUUAGGAGAGGAUUAAGAAUGUUAGUUGAAAAUUUUGCCGGCAUUUUCUUUUCUUUUUUUGAUCUGUAAAUUUGCUGGCAAUCUUACUAGGAGUUGCCCUACCAUUGACAAAAAUAUCAUGCUAGUGUGAUGACAAUCUGGAAUAAAAAUGGUUGUGACAGAUCUCAUUAUAGUUAUAGGUUUCGAAAGUGCAUACUGAAGGUGCACUCUGAAUAUGGAAAGUGUUGGAUCACCUGUUAAAUUUUGUUUUGUUGAAUUCACAAUUCUAUUUCUAUUUGAUA